UGCGGACAGAGAGGACGGAUCUCCCACACAAGCUGCUGCACUGCCUGUGGAUGCACAGUAGGCUGCUCACAGUCUGUUACUUUAAAUCAGGCUGUGUGUGAGAGAUACGCGCUAACCGGACUCUCUUUUUUUUGGAAUGAUUAUUUUAUUUGUCGAGGUUCUAGUGCUGUCCUUCGGCUCACAGAGAAACGUGUUUGAUUAUUAUUAUUUUUUUAUUUUAAAGAAUAUAUUUUUUUAUUUUUUGGAUCAGGCGCAUUCAAUAUUUUGGAAAAAUUCUAAAAUAUAAUAUUUUGCCAUGAGGGAAAAUACUAGCAUGUCUAUCAUGGAUGUGACAGUGGAGGGAGUGAGCCCAGCAACUCCGAGGGCUCUGUUAGUGACAUGCAUGACUCUGCUGGUGUCCCUGCACCUGUUUCGGUGGCUGUGUCGGCAGCGGUCCCAUUCCUGGCCGCCCGGCCCCCUCGCCUGGCCGGUCAUCGGGAACGCACCGCAGCUUGGUAACGCACCGCACUUGUAUUUUACGCGCAUGGUGAAAAAAUACGGCGACGUCUUCCAGAUCAAGCUCGGCAGUCGGACGGUGGUGGUGCUGAACGGGGGGUCAAUCAAACAGGCGCUGGUCAAGCAGGGCUCCCACUUCUCCGGCAGACCGGACUUCACCUCCUUCCAGUACAUCUCCAAUGGGAACAGCAUGGCGUUUGGCAACUCCACGGGCUGGUGGAAGAUGCACCGCAAAGUGGCCCAGUCCACAGUCCGGAUGUUUUCCACAGGAAACCCCCAAACUAAGAAGACAUUUGAAAAUCACGUGCUCAGCGAGGGCAAAGAGCUGCUGCGGCUGUUUCUGAGGAAAACGAAGGAGGACAAAUACUUCCAGCCCCUGACCUACGUCGUGGUGUCCACUGCCAAUAUAAUGAGCGCGGUUUGCUUUGGGAAGAGGUACUCCCAUGAAGAUGAGGAGUUUCAGCAGGUGGUGGGCAGGAACGACCAGUUCACCAAGACUGUAGGCGCAGGGAGCAUAGUGGACGUUAUGCCCUGGCUGCAGUACUUCCCCAACCCCAUCAAAACCAUCUUUGAAAAUUUUAAGAAGCUCAACCUGGAGUUUAGUGAAUUCAUUCGAGAUAAAGUUGUGGAGCACAGAAAAACAAUCGAUUCAAGCACCAUCAGAGACAUGACUGAUGCCUUUAUAGUGACGCUGGACCAAAUACGAGAUAAGAUGGGACUUUCUGAGAAAGACUAUGUGUCCUCCACAGUCGGGGAUGUGUUUGGAGCAAGUCAAGACACACUGUCGACUGCCCUACAGUGGAUCAUCCUCAUUCUCGUCAAGUAUCCAGAGAUACAGGUGCGUCUCCAGCAGGAGGUGGACAAAGUGGUGGACCGGAGCCGUGUCCCUGCUAUCGAGGACCAGCAGCAGCUGCCUUAUGUCAUGUCCUUCAUCUACGAGGUGAUGCGCUUCACAAGUUUCGUCCCUCUCACCAUCCCCCACUCCACCACCACAGACACAUCCAUCAUGGGCUACACCAUACCAAAGAACACAGUCAUCUUCAUCAACCAGUGGUCCGUCAACCAUGACCCAAGCAAUUGGUCCCAACCAGAUAUCUUUGACCCAGAGCGCUUCCUGGACCAGAGCGGAAUGCUGAAUAAAGACUUGACCAGCAACGUGCUCCUCUUCUCCCUGGGCAAGCGGCGGUGCAUCGGCGAGGAGCUGUCCAAGAUGCAGCUGUUCCUGCUCACAGCUCUCAUAGCGCACCAGUGCAACAUCACAGCCGACCCUGCAGUGCCGGUGAAACUGGGCUACAGCUAUGGCCUGACUCUAAAGCCUCACCCUUUCUCUGUAGCCGUGUCUGUGCGCGAUGAUAUGAAGUUGCUGGAAGCAGCUACCAGUCAGCCCUCAUCAGACUCACAAACAAAAGAAUAAAUUAGAUUCAAACUAUAAGGUGCUAAAAGACAUGAAGGCAGAGGAAAACGUAGAAACUUUUGUUUGAGGCUGAGCACCAUAUUUAAUGUCUGGAAAUCUCAGGCCACUGCUUUUGCUUUUUGAUCUCAUAUACACUGUUUAAAAUGUUUCAUGUACCAGAGUCGAGACUGAUUUAACAGCCUUUGAUUACUGACUUAUUCUAAUCAGGGCCAGAAAGAAAUAGCCUUGGUAUCCAAAUCAAAGAAGAUGUACAUCUUGUAGACGCCAUCUCACCUGGAUCAAUCUCACAUCUAACUUCAAAAACAGUCUCACAUGCCAGCCAGCAAUUAGGCACACUCCUUUGAUUCAUCAGAUUAGAGGACUGCAGCACAUCGCCAGCUGUGAACGGGACUUUCAAAGCAAGUCACACUGUGGUUACCUGAGUUCCAAUUUACUGAAAAGCAGAAAGUUAAAGCUGUCAGUUAAUUUGUUUUAUUGUUGUUGUUUUUUUGCUGUUCUUUUGUGACGUCAGUUAAAAGAAAACAAAAA